AAAAAAAAAAAAAAAAAAAAAAACCAAUACAGAAAUGGAGCCGAGAUCGCGGAGCCACCUCGGCUUGGUCUGUGGGUGUAUUACUUUGUCUUUUCUCGACACGCAGAAUGGAGAGAAGAAGACAUCUCCGGCAUGAUCACCGAUAUGGAGGGAAGCAGCCGAUGUCCAUCCCAACAGCCUGGGAAAGAUAUUGCCGAUCGCCAUGUCUAGAACGAACUGUCAACUCUCAAUGCUCGUGUGUACGACUACAUCGAGUGGUAGACCCAUAUUAUCUAGUCAGCACUCUCCACUCAACCAAUCUGGAAUCCCCCCUAUGAUUCCAAGUCCCAGGGAGAGGGGACGCUUGGGAAUCACUAUUUGCGCUAAUCUUUUCCCCGGCUUGGGACGAUAUGUGACCGUCCGGGCACUAGAUCGGUUAGCUUGGUGUCCCAUGGAUCCGAGCCCUUAGGCCACCCUAGUCUGCUUUGGUAUGGAUUAAUGUAUUUGAUUAUUAUUAUGAUAAUAAUAUUUUUUGAACUAAUACCUUUUUUUUUUUUUUU